AUGCUAACAAAAGUGUCCUCAGACAUCACCCAGUGGGGUAUCAAAAUCCCUUUACAGGAACUCACGGAGCCCUCCCCUUCUUUUCUCUUUUCAGGUAUAGAACAUCCUGUUUCACAUAUUUCUGGUGACAACUGCUGUUACAGUGAAAAUUCCUUUUGCAUGGAUAUAAGUAAUUCGGUUUUUGCUUAUUUGCAUGGAGCUCAGAUAUCUCAGACCAAUAUCUAUUUUUCAAACACACGGGGAUACAGAUUUCAGAAGUUUGCUCAUGAAAGACAGGCGGAACUAGUCGGGUCACUGGGUGGGGCCUUCUACUUUCACUCCCUGUCACAGGUCGGACUGCUUCUCAUCGACCAACAGAAGGCCAUGUUCAGCUACUCAGACCACCCCCUGAACCGCAGUUUCGGGCUGCCCUUUGACUACAAUGGGACCCUCGACAUCCUCAUCGCCCCAGGCCAGAAAGGCAUCUUGAUCUUCUGGUUUGAGAAGAGCCUGCUGGUUUCUCGAAAUGCAGGUCAGCUGGUCGACCCGGUCCGGGUGCGAGAAGGACAACACAUCCUGUAUCCUUCCAUCUUUGAUGCCAACAUCACCAUCCACAGCAUCGCUGCCAAUGAAAACGAACUGGCAGUUUUAACUCGGGAGAGUAAUUUGUACUAUGGCAGCCUGGGAAUUCUGUCAAGUUCUCUAAUCAAAUUUGCAGACCAAGACAUCUGGUCAGCGGAGGCAGUCCUGGUGUUCACUGAUGUGGGGUUGCUUGAAAUACUGACCCCACUUCCUGACUCCACCUUUCCAGCUUUCGAUUUCCAGAAGUGCCCCAUGAAUAUCCAGGAGAUUCUCAUGGACCCCCAACUCCACAUUGACGUCUGCAAAGUGAAACUUCUGCAGGGAGAAUUUUCAAACAAAAUGUACACCAUUGAUAUGAAUAGCAAGUUGGAGUUGACGGCCCUGAUGAUACCCCGGCCGGGCACAUCUCCAGUCCCUCUAGUGAUGGUGAGCAACCCCCACUCCCUGGGGCUGCAGGCAGUCAUCUACGAGGAUGGCUACACCUACGACGGGAACACCAAGCACAGACUGAACAUUUCCCUGAGGCAGCAGCACCACUGGGGCAGGGCUGACCCCAAUUUCACCUCCAGCAUAAAGAGAUCCACCAUAUCUACCAUCACUCUGGACAUAGCUAACAAGGAGAUCUCAUGUGUGGACCUUAAACCACUGACAGCUCUCAUUUCAGUUGGUUGCGACCUGGAGAAGAAGAUCGUCAUUCAGAAUGAGAUCUCAGCCUGUUACAAUGGCAUUCUUGACCCUGUGGCGCUUCAGGACAACUACAGCUAUGUCAUUGAGAGAGAAGCCUACGACCCCAACUUCCGUGGGCAGGAGGCCUCAGAGGACCUGAAGGUGCAUUACCAAUAUGAGAAGCUGGGCUGCCCUCUCCUCGCCUACUACGACACCCCAUGGAAGCCGGUGGUGGAGCUGUGGCGGGAAGGCACGUUCCAGGAGGUGGUCGAGGCCGAGUAUGUCCUGCUGGAGGUGAAUGGGCUGUUCACAUACACCUACUCCCUGACGGCUGACACGGCCCUCUGCAGAUCGCAGCCACAGAACUGGACCAGCAUUGCCGAGAUGGCCGGAGACCGGGGGCCCUUCGCCUGGGACCGAGAGACAUACGUGAGCUGCCAUGACCCUGACAACGACGCACCCCUGACGUGGCCCAAAGUCCCGUAUCAGAUCUUGGGCGGCCCAACAGACAACAAGGUCAUUUUUGACCAGAGAAAUGGCAUCUACAUCUUCUUCAUUUCCAUCGUGGAUCCGUACUACAGCUACUGUCACCUGGAGGCCACCUUCAGUGUCUACGUCUAUGGCGCCUUCCCGCUGUCCAUCAUCCCGGCGGAGCUCACCAUCGUCCUGCUCACGGUGGCCACCCUGCUGUCCGUGUGGAUGGCCUACAUGAUCCCCAAGCAGCUGCACACUGAGCAGGGCCUCAGGCUCAAGGACUUCUGGGUCCAUCUGUACAGGAGAUGCAGGAAGUUUUGUGCGUGUUUCCAGGGCAGGUGUUGAGCACACACAGGGUGGGGGGUGCAGGGCGGGGUGGGGCAGAGCCGUCUUAAAGCGUUGGGUAAAAAACCUGGUGGCAGUGUGUCUCACUUGUGUUCUGGGUUUUUCUCCAUCCACCUGCCUCCCCUGACAUCCUGGCAUCAGCAUCCCCUCGAACUCCAGCACCUACACGGGUUGUAACUGGGAGAAGGUGGGCAGCCCAAGUACCACUCAACAGGAGCUUGGUGAGAUAAGCACAGGCUGGUGAUGGAAUAAUCGGUGGAGCCUCUGGGACGCAUUAGACAGGGUGAUGUGUUCUGUCAGGAAGGAUGAGACCCAAGGGAAGAGAGGGGAGGGGCUGUAGAAGACGUGAGAGCUGGGUUUCCAUUUCUGUCCCAAGAAACCCUGAUGUAUAUACAAACAAAUGCGUAUCUGCGUGUUUUGGGAUGUCCAUGAAUAAAAUGUGGAAGGCUGGUG